AGGGAGGGAGUGGUAUCCAAUGUGUUGGCACGUGUGAGUGAAGGUGGAGUCUACCCUCACACGCUUCUCGACGCCCCCCUCUUGCCCGCGCAGAGGGUGAGGAUCCUGUGUCAGCAUUUCGGUAUUUGAAAGUUCAAAAACAAACCCCACUCACUAAUCAUCCCUUUCCCACUCUCACCCUCACGCACACGCACUCUCUCUCUCUUCUCCCUCUUCCCUCCUUCAACGCCUGUAACGUAACGGAUCUCCAUUAAUACUCUCUUUGUCUUUCUCUCUCUUCUAAAUACAUUUUUCUCUAUUUCUAUCUCCUCUUCUCUGUUCCUUUGGGCCACUCUUCUCUCUCCCUUUUCACCUCUGUGCCUUUUCCUUUUCCAAUUUUUAACACUGCUCAGGAUCCUAGGGUUUUUGUUUCUCCAGUCUUCUCCGUCUGCAUUCCUUCGUCGUUCAUGAUUCCUUAUGGAGAAACUCCGCCACAGCAACUCCAACCACCAACCUGCUCUUCCUCAAGCUCCGGGGAAAAAACAGGUUCAUAGACAGCGACUACCUCCGAAUCUGUCACCUGAUUCUUGUUCAGGCGGUGGUGUUGCUGCAGAGAAGGAUUCGUUUUCUCACAAAUUUGGUUGGAGAUCUUCGAAACAACUGCUUGGAACACCGAUUAAGAAGUUAUUAGACGAAGAGAUGUCACCGAAAUCUGAAUCAAAAAGAAGAUCCCCUGGAGUCAUCGCCAGAUUGAUGGGUCUUGAUGGACUGCCAUUUCAGCAGCCUAUUAAUAAGCAGCAUACGGGUUUGUCUGAAAACCACCAGAAGACUCCACAAUUGCAGAAAACACGCGGCAAAGGAGUGCCAUAUGACUGUGGAUCAUCUAGGAGAGGCUUAAGGGAUCAGCAAGAAUUUAAGGAUGUAUUUGAGGUUUCUGAGAUUCCAAAGGUAGAGAGCAGUAGAUAUCCGUCGCCAGGGUGUGUAGACUUGAAGACCAAUGAUGCUGAAAUGUCAUUCAUUGAACAGAAGUUCAUGGAUGCCAAACGCCUUGCAACUCAUCAAGAUUUACAUUCUUCCAAGGACUUCCGAGACACACUUGAGGUUUUGGAUUCUAACAAGGAUCUUCUGCUGAAAUACUUUAAGCGGCCAGAUUCUUUGUUUAAAAAGCAUCUAAAUGAUCUUCAAGCUGUUCCAGUCCAAUCACAUUAUAGACAUGCAGAAACUAUGGAUAUUGAGAAGUAUGAAGAUGACUUAGGUUGGAGGUCAGAUUUGGAGAAAACACGGUUGAACUAUAAUAGAUCUCAUGAAAAGCAUCUUGAUGGUUAUCCUUGUCAUUUUGACAAAAGACAUGUGAUGCAUAGUUCACCAAAAUCAUCAAAGCUUCAAUUUCAGGGCAGACAUGAACAAGAUGCAGUCCCCACAAAGAUUGUCCUCCUGAAACCCAAUCUUGGAAAAGUGCAGAAUGGUACCAGAAUUGCGUCACCUUGUUCUCAUAAUUUUCUGUCAGGGCGUGAAGGAGACAGUGAACUGUGUCAAGUGACAAAUUUGCCUGAAUGUGCAAGGUCUUGGAGGCAAGAUUCUUUUGAAUCUAGAGAAAUUGCAAAGGAAAUCACUAGGCAAAUGAGAAAUAGUCUUAACAAUAGCGGCAUGAUGCUUUCAACUUCUAGAAUUGCGGGAUAUGCUGGGGAUGAUAGUUCAUGUAGUGUUUCUGGUAAUGAAUCUCCUGACAUAUCUGGGGAAAUAACUGCAACUUUGGGAAAUUCAUUCGAUUUAAACAACCGUAGCAGGCGAUCAUCCCGUUCUGGUGAAUCUUCUGUCAGUAGAGAGGCGAAGAAGAGAUUGUCAGAGAGGUGGAAAAUGACACACAAGUCUCAAGAGGUGCAGGGAAUCAGCAGGAGCAGCACGCUGGCUGAAAUGCUUUCUAUCCCUGACAAAGACUUGAAGGCUGCAAAUUUUGUUGGCACGGGUACUGGGGAGGGUUUCCAUGAUAAGUUUACUCCCAAUAGUGAACCUGCUAAGUGGGUUGAACCAUUGGGUAUCAGCAGCAGGGAUGGUUGGAAGGACGGCUGCAUUGGUAGUUUGUCAAGGUCACAAUCCCUUCCUUCUUCCUCCACUUCCUUUGGAAGUCCUAAAACAUUCUUGCGCACUGAAGCACUUUGUGCUGAUAGAUAUAUGGUGCCGAAGGAAGGCCAUAAACGUGAUAGAAGAAGAGCAGCAAAGAGUCUUGAUCAUAGACAUGGUGUAAAUAAUAGAAGCCCAAGAUCCGGUCACAAGAAGUCUUGGUCUUUGCAUUCGUCAAAGCUAGAAGUAGAUGAGUUUUGUGCUGACUUACAUACAGUUCAGAAUAAAAUGAAUAUCAUUCUUGACGAUUCACCCAAGGUUGAAGUUCCAAGUGCAGUUGCUGAUGAUGACAUGGAGGUGACAAAUGGAAGCAUAGUUGAGUCUUCUGAAUCUUUGAAUAAGGUGCUUCCUGAAUUAUCUUCUCAUGUUGUGAUUGAAGGCGAUGGUGGUGCGGUUGACAACAAUUCAAUACAGCAGGAUCUAUCAGCUACUCCGCCUGGUGGAAGUUCAGUCAUCCAUGAACCACCUGUUCCUGGACUUGAACCUUCUUGCUGUAAAGAUACUGAUCAACCCAGCCCUGUCUCCAUCCUAGAACCUGCUUUUACAGAUGAUCUGUCUUCUUGUUCUGAAUGUUUUGAAAGUCUGAGUGCUGAUCUACAAGGGCUGCGAAUGCAACUCCAGUUGCUGAAGUUGGAAUCUGAAGACUAUGCAGAGGGACCCAUGACUGUAAGUGAUGAAGAUGGUGAGGAAGUAUCUAAGGGAAUGUCAGCAGCAGACAAAGGAUUGUGUAGAACAACUGAAGAUAGCUGGGAAUGUUCCUACAUUAUGGAUGUCUUGUCUGAAUCUGGCAUUGAUGGAGUUCAGCUCGAUACGAUUUUAGAAGUUUGGCAUUCCCUAGAAUGCCCUGUGAGUCUUUCAGUGUUUGAUGAACUUGAAAAAAGGUAUAGUGAGGGGACAACUUGUUCAAGGUCUCAAAGGAGAUUGCUUUUUGACCAUAUAAAUAUAGGAAUUCUCAAGAUCAGUGAGCAAUUCUCUUUCUCUAGAUCAGCAAUCAGAAAUGCCAUUGGUUCUAACUUGACCAAAAACGGGUUCCGAGAUGGCCUUCUAAGGAUGCUAGUGAACGAAGCAAAAGUAAGUGAUGGUGGCCAGGUGAAUGUAGUGGUUGGGGAAUCUGAGUGGAUGGACCUGAAAGUUUACACCGAUGCAGUAGCCAGGGAAGUUGAGAGAUCGUUGUUAGAUGAUUUAGUGGCACAGAUAAUCAGUACCUAGAAAUUUGGUACCCGAGAUCAUAGUAUUAAUAUUUCUUCUUUCCAUAGUUUAUUUCCCUGUAAUGUAAAUCAGAUAGGACAAUGCUAAUUUCAUCAAAAGAUGAAUAAAUGGAUUAUAAUCUUUCGGGCAAA